AUGGCAAUGGCACAUCUCCAAGCACUUCUCGCCUGCUUCCCCUGCGGCGCCGAGGAGCCAAAGCACACCACUUACCCCGACGAGAAAGUCGCCUUGCUCUCCGCCGAUACCUCUGACGCCCGCACUGCCGAUCACAUCGCAGGUAAUGUCGUCUACGCCCUCUACCACACCGAGUUCACCGGCGACGCCCUGCGCAUGCACCUGGACUCUAUCGUGGGCGCUUCGGGCUGGCGCACCAACAUAGCGCAACGCGUCCUCGAGGAUCUCACCGCCGCCCUGCAGGCCCCUCGCGAGAAAUUCAGUCCCGCCUUCUCCGCCGCCUGCGACAAAGCCUGGGAAGCUGCCCAAAGCAUCGAGGGCUUCGUCAUUGAGCACCCGGUCACGUGCACCGUCAUUGCCCUGGGCGUCCUCGCUAUCGUCGCGCCGUGGGUGUUGGAAGCGCUUGGUUUUGCUGAGAUGGGGCCGGUUGAAGGUACCUUCGCCUCAUACUGGCAGUCCACCUACGCCAGCCUCGUACCAAAGUCCUCGCUAUUUUCCUUCUUCCAGCGGUUAGGUAUGACCAAGUGGCAUUGGUUGCUCGUCUAA